CCGCGGCGGCUCGUACUGAGCAUGCUCGGCGGCGGGGCGGGCCUGGGGUCCGGAAGCUCCGGCGACUCAGCCGCGCCCGCCACCUUGGGGUCGCGGGUCCGGAGGGGCGAUGGGCGCCGCGGGGGCCGCGGGGAGCGCCACGUGGGUGCUGGCCGGGGGCCUCCUGGCCGCCGCCCUGGCGCCGCCCGCUGGGCCCGGGGGCCGAGGCCGGCUCCCCGCGGGCCCGGGUCCCCUCGGGCGCCCCCUCGGACGGCAGCGUCCCCCGGCUCUCUCCUCAGCUCCCGGGGCGGGGCCCGAGCGGACUGCGCAGGACUUGCCCCAUUUGAUUUGGCCCAACGUAGAAAGCUCUCGCCUUAAGACCGAAGGGGGAGCACCGUUUGGAAGGAAAUUCAGCAGGAAAAGUGAGGUCUUUAACCCACUCCUGGCUUCCGCAGCCUCCAGUGAGCCCUGGACUCCAUCCACGCUUGCUUUUAACCCCUCGGGGCCCAAGAAGACUUUGUCUAAAAGAGAGUCUCCUAUAACGCAGCGCCUGUAUGGAGACAUCUCGAGGGAUGUUCAAGGAACUGCUGAGGACGGAGUAAUUUUUCAGAAAUGCGCAGUGGUGUCCGGGCAGAGCGAAAUGCAGACGGCUCAGGUGAGACUGCUUGUGGUCAAUGCCGGGACCCCCGUGGCCACCAACCUCUCAGAUCUGCUCCUGCUUGACAACAUAACCGGCCUCUCCGUCAGGGGGUCGACUGGAAACCGGACCUCGGCAGGAUUCCAGGCUUUCAGAAAGAAGUUUCUGCAAGUUGGAGACUCCUUCUCGGUCAGCUACACAGCCUCCAUCCAGGCCGGAGAAAUUGGGAGCGGAGACGUCCUGAUGCUUCCUGCCUGGCUCACCUUCCAGAGCUCAGCACCGAACAGAACGCAACUAAAAGCCCUUCUCACCAUAACAGCAGAAGAGAAGAUAAAGGUUGUCCCAAACCAUGGCCUUCAUGCAGCAGGAUUCUUCAUAGCCUCCAUCGCCUCCUUCGUGCUGACCUGGGCCACACUUUUCUUCACGGCUCGCUAUCAGUGUUUGAAGGGAAGCCUGAUCACCAGACAUCAGGUUCAGCAUCAUGAGAACAAGCUGGAGUACUCCCAGUUCGCCUCGGCCAAUGGUAUCAACGAGGACCUUGCUCUCAAUGACCAAAUGAUUGACAUUCUGUCUUCAGAGGACCCGGGCAUGCUUCAAGCCUUGGAAGAGUUGGAGAUUGCAACCCUGAAUCGGGCCGACUCAGCCCUGGAGGCUUGUCGAACCCAAAUCAGCAGAGAUAUCAUCGCCCUUCUGCUGAAGCAUCUGACCAGCGCUGGCCACCUCUCCCCGCAAGUAGAGAGGAGGAUGGGCUCCGUUUUCAAAACGCAGUUUCUGUUGCUGGAGAAAGAAAUACAGGAGGAGUAUGAUCGGAAGAUGGUGGCAUUGACAGCUGAAUGUGACCUGGAAACGAGAAAGAAGACAGAGAACCAGUACCAGAGGGAGAUGGCGGCAAUGGAAGAAGCAGAAGAAUUGCUGAAACGUGUCAGUGAGAAGUGGGCUGUGGAGUGCAACGGCCUCCUGCGGACCCUGCACGGCCUGGAGCAGGAGCACCUCAGGAGGUCCCUGGCUCUGCAGCAAGAGGAAGACUUUGCCAAGGCGCACAGGCAGCUGGCCAUUUUCCAAAGAAACGAACUGCACAAUAUCUUCUUUACCCAGAUACAAAGUGCCGUUUUCCAAGGGGAACUGAAGCCAGAGGCGGCGAAAACGCUGCUGCAGGAUUACUCCGGAAUACAGGAGAAAUUGGAAGAGUUAAUGGACUUUUUCCAGGCUAGUAAGAGAUACCAUCUAAGUAAAAGAUUUGGCCACAGGGAGUACCUGGUCCAGAACAUGCAGUCAUCAGAGACCCGUGUGCAAGGCCUUCUGAGCGCCGCUGAUACUCAGCUGACCGUGUUCAUCCAGAAGCAUGAGAGAGCAGGGUACCUGGACGAGGACCAGAUGGAGGCCCUGUUGCAGCGCACCCAGACGGAAGUCUUUUCCAUCAAACAGAAGCUGGACAAUGACUUGAAGCAGGAGAAGAAGAAGCUGUGCCAGAAAUUAAUCCUUAAGAGAAGGCGAGAGAUACUGCAAAAGCACAAGGAGCAGCGGAAGGAGCUGCUGUCCGUCGGGGAGGCCCUGCGAGCCGCCGAGGACGCCGGCCAGUUCCUGGGCCGCUGGGGGAGCCUGCUGGCGGAGCACAGCGCCGCGCUGGAGGCGCUACAGGAGCGCCUGGACCAGGCCGCCCUGGAGGACCUCAGGGCCCUGACCCUGUCGCUGUCCGAGAAGGCCACCGAGGAGCUGCGGCGGCUGCAGAGCUCGGGGGUGGCCCAGGAGCUGCUCAAGCACGGCGUGCCCUGGCUCUUCCUGCAGCAGAUCCUGGAAGAGCACGGCCGGGAGCUGGCCGCCCGGGCCCGGCAGCUCGAGGCCGAGGAGAGGGACAGGGACCAGGAGGGCAUCCAGAGCGUGAGGCGGAGACUGAAGGACGACGCCCCGGAGGCCUCCACGGAGGAGCAGGCGGAGCUGAGACGCUGGGAGCACCUGAUCUUCGCGAAGCUCUGUUCCUCGUCCUUCUCCCAGUCUGAAGAGGAGCUGCUCAGGAUGAGGCAGGAGGUUCACGGCUGCUUCGCCCAGAUGGACAGGAGCCUGGCCCUCCCCAAAAUCCGGGCCCGCGUCCUGCUGCAGCAGUUUCAGACCGCCUGGCGAGAAGCAGAGUUCCAGAAGUUGGACCAGGCGCUGGCUGCCCCUGAGAUGCAGCAACAGUCCAAGGCAAGAAAGCCGCGCUCCAAGAGUAAAAGCAAGACAGACCUUCUGAGGAAGUGCAUCGAAGAUAAAAUUCAGCUCUUUGAGGAGCAAGCCCCCGAAGACCUGGUUGAAAAGGUCCGCGGGGAGCUGCUCCGGGAACGCGUGCAGCAUCUGGAGGCCCAGGAGGCACGCUUCGCGGAGUCCCUCGCCUCCCUGCAGUUCCAGAAGGCCGCCAGGAUAGCCAAGACCCUGUGGGCUUACACCGCCCUCCUGAGCGUCCAGGACCUGCUCUUGGAGGAGCUGAGCGAGUCGGAGACCCUGACGAAGCUGGCCUGCGAGCAGAUCCUGGGGUCGCACAGCCCGGAGCUCCAAGAGCUGGGGAGGAAGCUGGAGGGCAGGCUGGCGAACCAGGAGGCUGCGCAGCUGCAGCGGGCGCUGGCCAGUCGGCAGCAGUGGGCCGGCGACGGGCCCGGGCUUCUGAACGAGCCCGAGGACGUGGAUUCCGAUCGGCAGGUCUCCGCUGUCCUGCAGCAAGCCCUGGGCAAGGGCCGGAAGUUACUGGAACACCAGCAGCAGAGCUGGAGGGAGGAGCGAGACCACAGCGUCGUGCUUGAAGAUUUGCUGGAGAAUAUGGAGUUUGACACCUUCACGACCCUGUACAGCCAGGAGCUGAGACUGGCGUCGUACCUGUCCAGGCUGGCGAUGGUGCCGGGGGGCACGCUGCGCCGGCUCCUGAGUGUGGCUCUGCCCACGGCCUCGCCGGCCGAGCUGCUGGCCGCGCUGGACUCGGGCAGCCAGAAGCAUCCGGACCACUCGGCGGAGAAUGAUGCUGGUGGGGAGCAGGCCGACCUGGGCAGGAAGGGGAAGCACCAGGGCUGGUGGCAAGCCCUGGAAAGCAGACUACGGGGAGAACUGAUAAGCAGAGGAUUGGAAAAGAUGCUCUGGGCCCGCGAGAGGAAGGAGAGCAUAUUGCGGAAGCCAUGUCCCCCUCUCAGAGAGAGGGCGGCAUUGCCUGGAAAAGGAAGCUGGCCACACCUGUCCCUGGAGUCCGUCGGAGAAGUGGCCGCUGUGCCCAUCGUAGGGGCAGAAGCCAUCGAUCUGUUGAACACAGGCGAGAAGCUCUUCAUAUUCAGAAAUCCAAAGGAGCCAGAGAUCUCGCUACAUUUUCCUCCCAGGAGAAAGAAGAAGAACUUUCUGAAUGCCAAAAAGGCCACUUGGGCCUUGGGCCUGGACUAAUCCAAAGGGAGCUCUCUGGAGUCUGAAGACAGAUUUUUUUCCCCCUGCACACCUGUGUGUGUGUGUGUGUGUGUAUGUGUGUGUGUGUGUGUGUGUGUGUACAUGCCCACGUCCACACACAUUUGUAGCAUACGACUCAUAGAUAGAAACUGCACAUGCAUAAGACACCAACACCCCCAACAUCCACGACUUUCAAGGACUCAGUUCAAGCUGGUCUCCCGAAUUUCCAGAAGGUUCUCUGUCCUUAGCAUCACAAGGGACGUGACGAGACAUAGGACCAGCUUUGAGCACUGUGGCGCUACCCCUCUGAGGGUGUGGAGGAGACCCCGGCCCCCAGGUUGUACCCCGGCACCGCCUGGCUGCUUAUGGGCUGUGUGUCCAAGGGGGCUCUCUGUUCUUGCAUUUUGUAUUUGUUACAUAUUCUGUUUUUAUCAAGGGAACAUUUGAAAAUACAUUACACAGAACUCUCUCGAAAAUAAAUUACACAACGCUCUUCUCGGUG